AUGCUCUUCAUGCGCGCCGCGUCAAAGGUCAGCCGGGUGGCAGUCCCGGCCUACCGAGCACCUACCGUUGCAUUGAACGCUCAGCGCACCUUCUCGCAGUCGGCUAUCCGAAAGAGCGAUGCGCACGCUGAAGAGACGUUUGAGGAGUUUACCGCCAGAUAUGAGAAGGAGUUCGAGAAGGUCAAUGAUGUUUUUGAGCUUCAGCGAAACCUGAACAACUGCUUCGCCUACGAUCUCGUCCCCUCCCCCGCAGUCAUCACUGCCGCUCUCCGCGCUGCCAGGCGUGUCAAUGACUUCCCCUCGGCUGUCCGAGUUUUCGAGGGUAUCAAGUUCAAGGUGGAGAACAAGGGCCAAUACGCCGAGUACCUUCAGGAGCUUGAGCCGAUACGCGAGGAGCUUGGUAUUCCCCUCAAGGAGACCCUCUACCCUGAGGAGAAGUAG